AUGGCUGAUACCAUUGAACUAAAGGUUCUCGUCAUCGGGGCAGGAAUAUCGGGAAUAGCAGCAGCAAAGUUUUACCUAGAUAUCCACCCCGACUCACGUCUAGUCAUCCUAGAGAGAGAUACCUGUGUUGGAGGCACCUGGAACUCAAGAAGAGGAUAUGACAGCUUUUGGACACAAUGGACUGUUGGGACAGCCGAGUUUUCAGACCAGCCUAUGGCACGACCACCAGAUGAAGAUCUCUACUAUGAAUUUUUUAGAGCAAAGCAUACAACUAAGUACCUCGAAACUUAUGUUGAUAGUCACAGUUAUGCAAAUCGAAGCCUACGAGAUAGAAUUAAACUUUCGGUGGAAGUUAAGUCGGUUUUGAAGCGGGAUGGAAUGUGGAACAUAACAGCAACACAGCGUCAAACGGGAUCUCAGCAUAUUUUCAGGGCGUCGAAAUUGAUUGUUGACAGUGGCCUGACCUCUAUUCCUAAUCUACCUUUACUGCCUGGAAGAGAAAACUUUUCCGCUCGGAUCCUCCAUCAUGACAAUUUCGGUUCAUCCAAGAUCCUUACCUCGCCAGACGUACAAAAUGUCACAAUUCUGGGAGCCGGCAAGUCCUCUGCUGAUAUGGCAUAUGAAGCCGUCAAGAGUGGCAAGAAUGUGACUUGGAUCCUUAAAGAUACGGAUACAACUGGCCCGGGUUUCUUUCUUUCCCCAAAAGGAAAAGGGCCAUACGAAAAUGCAUUUGAAGUGGGUAUGACUAGACUAGCGGGAAGUUUCAGUCCUUCUUUUAUGAAUGGAAUCAACGGAUGGACUUCUUUUCUACAUUCGUCUAAGUUUGGCGUUCGCAUGAUGGGUACGUUCUGGAACACGAUUGAUAUCGAAGCUCGGAAAGAAGCCAAAUUCGAUCGCAAAUUGUCCAAAGGCUUUGAACAAUUAGCACCACAUUCACCUAUUUUCUGGCAGAACUGCACAGGCGGGCUGCUCAAUCACGAAGACUUUUUCGACACCAUUGCGGAGAAUGUGACAUUCUAUACUGGCAAGGUCACUAGUCUUGGGAAUCAUCGCGUUUUGCUCAACACAGGCGACGAAGUAUCCUCUGAUGCGCUUUUAUGUGGUACGGGCUGGGUUGCAUCGCACUUAUUCUUUUCCGAAAACCAGUGCAGAGAGCUUGGUUUGCCGUAUGAAGCAAUCCAGGGGAAUCCCGAGGAGAAAAAGCACUGGUCAGAACUUGAGGCUGAAGCUGAUAAAAAGGUUCUCAACACGUUUCCUCAGCUUGCAGAUCCUCCAUCUCACUACGAGAAAAGCGCUUGCCAAACGGCCUAUAGACUUUAUAGAAACAUUGUUCCACUGUGUGAAUCCACAGUAGCUGAAGGAGAUCGAUCAAUCGUUUUUAUUGGGCAUGUCGGUGUCGGAAACUAUUUCCGUGCAGUGGAAUGUCAAUCAAUGUGGGCAACAGCCUAUUUUGAUGGAAAACUAGAGUUACCAAGCGCAGAGGAGCAAGAAAAAGAGAUUGCUCUUUUCACGGCGUGGAAUCGUCGUCGCUAUCUCAGUAAAGGGCAGAGGGGAAACACUAUGAUAUUUGAGUUGAUUGGAUACACAGACACUUUGUUGAGAGAUAUGGGUCUCAGUAGUCAUCUUAAGGGUUGGUUUAAGGAUAUUUUUGCGACUUGUUGGGCGCGUGAUUUGAAGAACUUGAAGCCGGAGUUUAUUGCUAAGUUUGGGUAUGAUGGGGUUGUUUAA